AUGAUAUCUAAUAAAUCUUCGGCAUGUUCAUCUGUAGCUGUUACUACUUCUAAUGAUCAACAAAUUAGAAAAAAAAAAAACAUUUUAAAAUCAAAUGAUAAUAUUCUAAAAAAUACAAAUAAAAAGAAACAACGUAUAACAAAAAUUCUAUCAGAUGAAACAUCUUUGUCUAAACAUCAAACUUCACAAGAUAUUCAAACAUCAAUUAAUUCAAUAGAUAUUGAACAAAAACAACAAAAUUCAUCAACUGAUAAUCUUAUUAUAUUACUCACACAAGGACUACAAAGUAAUGAUUCAAAUCUACUUGAUGUAAGUAAAUUCAUACAAUAA